ACCGCAGCACAGAGAUGUCCGGGCGGGCGCCGCAAAACGCAAGCACAUCCGUCGCCGAAGCCAGUGCGAGUCGAGUGUGCGACCCAGGGUUCGAUUCGUUGGGUAGCUAGGGUUUAGAGGUUUCUGGGCGCGGAGCGGCAGGAGGUAGGCGGUGUACGAGGCGGCGGCGAUGGCUGCGGCGGAGGAGGAAAUCGCGGUGAAGGAGCCGCUGGAUCUGAUACGGCUCAGCCUCGACGAGCGCAUCUACGUCAAGCUCCGAUCCGACCGCGAGCUCCGCGGCAAGCUCCAUGCGUAUGAUCAACAUUUAAACAUGAUACUUGGUGAUGUGGAAGAGGUCGUGACAACUGUUGAGAUAGAUGAUGAAACAUAUGAAGAAAUUGUGCGCACCACAAAACGCACUAUCCCCUUCCUUUUUGUCCGAGGUGAUGGUGUCAUAUUGGUUUCUCCACCCCUUCGAACGGCAUGAAGUUUGAAGUUAGGUCAUGCUGGUUGUCAACUAUGACUGGUGUAUUUGGCCACUUGAUGGCGUUGCAUGGAGUGUAUGCUACGGGCCUAGCUGCUACAUUUUUCUGAUGGGCUGUAGGUUUAACAAGUGAUACAAUCGUGUAAACAACUGGUUGUGCUUGGAUUAUCUGUCGAAUCUCUUGUGGUGGUUCUCAGUCAAGUUAACUCCCAAUUAUACUUGUUGCAAAUAUUUGUAGUCGGUAUUGCAACUUUGCAAGUAACGCAUCAUUUUCUUUCUGAA